AGGGAGGGAGGGAAGGAAGGAGGGAAGCGGCGGAGCCGGCUGGCUGGGCAGCCGGGGUGUCGGGGUCGUUCUUCGGUGAAGGGAGCUGAUGUGGCCGCAGCGGAGACGCCAGCGCGGCCCGAGUGCCGGUUAACGCGAAGCGCAGCAGGGAGCCGCCAGGUGAAGGGGCUGCAGGGGGGCGGGCGGUGUCGGCGGCGCAGCAGGACCUUCCUCUGGACCCGGUGGGGAGAAUGAAACGAGGAAGGAAAACUAAUGAGGCCAACAGCAGUUCAUCUGAAGAGACAGCUGAGGAAGAAUCCAAGAGACGCAAGGUUACAGAUGAGAAAACCAUAAGUGUUCCGCAUCCUGACUGGGCCAACCUGCUUCAAGACAUUAUCCUGCAGGUGUUUCAGUACCUGCCCCUUCUGGAUCGUGCUCAUGCAUCACAGGUCUGCCGAAGCUGGAACCAAGUGUUUCACAUGCCUGAUCUCUGGAGGUGUUUUGAGUUUGAACUGAAUCAACCAGCCACAUCUUACUUGAGGGCUACACAUCCUGAACUAAUCAAGCAAAUAAUAAAGAGGCAUUCCAAUCAUCUGCAGUAUGUAAGCUUCAAGGUGGACAGUAGCAAGGAAUCUGCAGAAGCAGCUUGUGAUAUUUUAUCACAGCUUGUGAAUUGCUCUCUGAAAACACUUGGGCUAAUUUCAACUGCCCGGCCAAGCUUCAUGGAUUUACCAAAGUCUCACUUUAUUUCUGCACUGACAGUGGUGUUUGUAAACUCCAAAUCCCUCUCUUCGCUUAAGAUUGAUGAUACACCAGUAGAUGAUCCAUCUCUCAAAGUACUAGUGGCUAACAACAGUGACACACUUAAACUGUUGAAAAUGAGCAGUUGUCCUCAUGUUUCUCCAGCUGGUAUCCUCUGUGUGGCUGACCAGUGUCAUGGUUUACGUGAACUGGCGCUGAACUACCACCUGCUGAGCGAUGAGCUCCUGCUCGCUUUGUCUUCUGAAAAACACGUCAGGUUAGAACACUUGCGCAUCGAUGUUGUCAGUGAAAACCCUGGACAGACUCAGUUCCACACGAUUCAGAAGAGCAGCUGGGACGCUUUCAUCAAGCAUUCCCCCAAAGUCAAUUUAGUCAUGUACUUUUUCUUGUACGAAGAAGAGUUUGACCCAUUCUUUCGUUACGAAAUACCUGUCACUCACCUUUACUUUGGAAGAUCGGUAAGCAAAGACGUGCUUGGCCGCGUUGGGAUGACCUGUCCUCGGCUGGUGGAACUGGUGGUGUGUGCCAACGGGCUGCGGCCGCUGGACGAGGAGCUGAUACGUAUCGCGGAGCGUUGCAAGUAUCUGUCAGCUGUUGGCCUCGGGGAGUGUGAAGUCUCUUGCAGUGCCUUUGUUGAGUUUGUGAAGAUGUGUGGAGGUCGUCUCUCUCAGCUUUCUAUUAUGGAGGAAGUUUUGAUUCCUGAUCAGAAAUACAGCUUGGAGCAGAUUCACUGGGAGGUUUCAAAGCAUCUCGGUAGAGUCUGGUUCCCGGACAUGAUGCCCACGUGGUAAAGUCCUUAAAAGACUCCGGGGCAGAUGGAAUAGCACCUUAAACCCAAGCUUACCCUAUUGCAAUUCACUGUAUAAGCUUAUUUAAUACUGUCGUUUUUACUGUAAAUUACUUCAUUGUUUGAUUAGGAAGUUUUUCACUCAAAUUACAAAAUCCAGAUACAAAAACAGAAAUCGUGGAUAGCUCCAAAACCCUUUUUCAUCCAAACAGAAAUCUGUUUUCUGUUUCAGAUUUGUUCUUUUUCAUUGACGGUGACCUAAAACUUUUAUGGAAAUAAAAGAUAUGUUUAAAAUAUGGAAAUGCAACUGCAAAAUAUCAGUUUUAAUAUGCUGUCCUUAUCCAAAUUGGAUACUAGUAUUGAACAUGAUCAUAUUCAAUCUAAAAAAAUAAUCCAAAACCCACCGCAAUUGCAUGUUGCUGUUGCUGACUGUAGCUUUUCUAAAUCCAGUCACCUAGAUGACAAGAUUGCAAGGAGUAUUUAGUACGCUGCAAAAUAUACAUGUUCUUUAAUAUAAAAAUGGUAAGAGGCAAGAGCAAUACACAAUAGUAUAGUUUAAAACAAUUCAAAUGUUAAGUUGGCUACCUUAUUCAACAGAUUAUUAGAUCCAUCUAAAAUGUAUUUAGAGUGCAAAUAUUAGUGUGAGCUACCAAAAGUGGUGAGAGUCUGGUUUCCCCUCUCCCCAUGCAUUUUAAUGUAGUUUGCUUAUGGGGUCUCAGAUCUGCAUCUAAACCUGUUUUAAGGUAUUUUAUGUCUAGCUCAGGAAGCGAAAGCAUUCUGGGGACAAAUGUAGAUACAUUGUAUUUUUAAAAAAAUGGGAGUUUGUGAGAUUUCUUGCACAUUAACCGGUUUUGCAGCAUACGGUUUGAUGGAAUUGUGUAGAGACUGUUAAAUGAACCCCAGUGAUAAAUGUGGUGACCUGGAUGUGUGAACAGUGUCAGAUGAGGAAGUUAAAAUUUGAACAGUGACCAAGAACCUUUUAACAAAACGUUAAACCUUUUGGCCACUUUCAAUUAGAGAGAAAUGACAUUGUCACAGUUGCUUAAGCUGUGUAAACUAAUUGUAUAUUGUAAAUCUGUUUCAGAAAUGCUUAUGUAUAAAGUGAAUGUUUGAUAGAUGAUGAUUUUGUAUACCUUUAAUUCAGCUAGUUCAAUCAUUUCAGAAUAUUUAAAAACCUAAAAGCAGUGAACUUGCGUGACGUAGAGCAAUAGGCAAAAACUGGUUUGGAAUAACGCUUUGUAAAUCAGUUUUCUUAAAGAAAAUUUUUAGCCUGUCAGUGGUGUAGGCAGCAUACUGCCUGUGAUCUGGAUGUAGCUUGUGAUUUCCUUUCUUACUGCCAACACAGGUUAUUUUCUCUUCUACAUUCAUGAUUGGUAAGGCUCAAGUACUCACGUGACCGCUGAAUGUGUUUGAACAGUGUGGUCAGCCACCCAAAAGGAGAAGCUGCUCCAGCUGGUAGCUUCUCAUCUGAGUUGUACAGCUAGUUUUGGUAACAAGUAGAUUUUCUUCAGUUCUGAUUUCAGUAACAUUUAUCCAAAUGUAUAGCUCAAGUGUAAUACACUUAUGAGCAUAUUUAAGUUCAUAACUAUAAUUUUGAGCAAACAUUGCUCAGCGGACUGGACAUCUUUAUAGGGGACUUGUAUGUUUCAGUAGAGCUCUGAUUUAAAAAUUGCAUUUUAUGAAAUACACAUUUUUUGUAUUAGAAUUUGUUAAAUUAA